AACAUGCUUUCACAUCAUAAGCAUGUGUAUGUCCCAGUUCUGUGGGGCUUCCUAGUGUUCUCUCAGCAGUCUUGAACAUUCAUGAGCGUCAUUUGGAACGCGUCCGUUGCACGUGGAACUACGCAGGGCAGCCUUUUAGCAACACGUCUGCAACAUCCCAGGCGCUGCUUGAGGUCGUGCUUUCCGUGUUGCCUGCGGCCUGGCUCCCGCCGUUUCGCGCCCCUUUCCUCGGGACCCUCCUCGGGCUCCCAGCGCUCCUUCCUCGCUGGCUUCUGCACGACUUACUCUGCUCCCCUCGGGGUUUACCCACAGCUGUUGCCUCUGCAAACAGCGGGCUCUCGGGCAAAGCCUCUUGCGGCCGAGCAAACGAAUGCCUUAGCAACUCGUGCUUCUCUCGGGAUCCCUACGCCGAGGAUCGUCAAUCAAAGCGGACGACAAGCACGCGGGGCAGCUCUACUGCGGCGCUGGAAGGGGCGGGAGUGGGACUUCUUUUCAGAGUGGCGGAUGGAGAUGGAAUGGAGAACGCCCACGCCUAAGGCGCGUUUAGUUUUGUUGGUGUUGCCGCGCGCCUCCAGGCCAGAGCGAGUUUCCUACCGAGGUUGGCGGGAUGGCUCGGGACACUAGUCGGGCGAGGAUGGCAAGUAGACUGCCAGAUGUUGAGGAGCAAGAUGAGGAUGAGUGUGAGCCAGUUGAGUCAAAAGGAUCAGAUAACACCGUGCGUUCGGACAGCACCUUUGGAACUGAAAGCCCAGAGGCAGGUGAGGGUGGUCACCCUACCCCUGAAGAUGGAAGCACAACAUGCUCUCAAUCCAUGAGAAGUGAAGGGCUUGAUUCUGAGCACCGGAUUAACUGCACAUUCUCAGUCUCGUUGGCUGUUCCAGUUGUAGCUCCAACAAAUAAGCCUGUGAUGGCCUCUAGACAAGAUAUUUCAAGAACAGCAUCUAAAAUGAGAGACACGUAUAUUCCAAAAAUGCAUCGUUUUUAUCAUAUUGAAUAUUUUCUUCUGCCCGAUGAUGUUGAACCCCGAAAAUUAGAUUUGGUGCUAUUUGGUCCAGUGGCUAAACUGUUUGUGGAAUCAGAAUCUAAGCCAGAGACUCCAAAAGACAGUGAGCGGCCCAAGUCGAAAAAGGGAUCUGCGCUGCGUAUUUCAGUUGUGAGACCAUGGCUUGAACAUGACCAGAUAUGGGUGUCAUGGAAUCAUAGUGUUGAAAUUAAUGUUACCACCGACUUUCUAAUGAAGCUAAGAGAUCAUAGUAUAAAGCUGAGAUUAUACACCAAGGAUAAGGUUUGUUCAAAAGCCAAGUAUAGUAAAGCAAAGACUGCUGUACCACCAUCGGAUCAAGGAUCUCUUGAAGGUAAGCAGAUAAAGCAUAUGAUUUCGCUUCAAAGAAACUUCCUGGAACAAUGUCAACCCAAAGCCAGUUACACAAAAAUUAAACCACCAGAAGUGUCCCCCAUAUCAGAGAAGUCAGCAAUUGGCAUUAUAACAGGUUCUCCUGGUUCGGCUGCAAGCAAGCCUCUGGAUGAAGACUCUUUCAUUGAACAAAAAACUUCCCGUAAAUCUAUUGUGGGUGGCCCAGCUCACUCAGUGAGUGCAGUCAGUAUUUCUGGGAGCAUACCCUCUUCUCUGAAAGAAAGAACUCUACAGGAAGCCAAAGCUAUAAAGCAGAAAUUGCAUUCGAAACCUCAUUCUAAAGCAACAGCCUCGGCAAUUAUGAAAACUAAUAUAGGAAAAAUGGAGCAUUCAGAAAGGAAGGAGACACCAGAUGGAGGGCACCACCAGUUACCAGAAAAAAAGAAACCCUCACGAGUUUUAGAAAAAAGAUCUGCAUCGGGCACCCAGAAAUCAACUACUAAAGAAACUGCAGCUUCAACAUCUCUGACAAAGAAGUUUGGAAUAGCUUUUUUAGAGCUGAACCUCAUGCCCCUCUUGUCAGGACAACACUGCGUGGUCAGUCAGCUAGGAGAGAAAUCCCCUAAACUUUGGGACGCAUAUCUUAGCUUUUCUGUUGAAGGGACUCUGAUGAGUGAGAAACAGAAACAUGAAUUAAACCCACUGAUCAUUAAGAUUAACUCUGCAAGGUGCUUACCAGACACCCCUGUUCCAAUUAAAGUGCUACAGCGUUCAUGCCUUCCUAUUUACUGCAAGUACAAAUUCCAUAAUAUGGAGCCACAUCGAACGCAAGACCGGGAUCAUGGCUCUCAUGUCUUCUUUAAAGAUACCAACGUGAUUCUUGCAGGAACAAUAAGACGUGACGAACUGAAUGAGUAUCUAAGAGGGCCACCCUUGGAAAUUGAGGUUCACGAUCGGGACAAAAAAUGGCAAGAUGUCGAUGUAAAGCCUUCCUUGUUUGGAGAGGAGCCAGGAGACCGCAGGCUCAGCCAUUUGAGCUCGGUCACUUCGAAAUAUGUGGCCCAGAAUCCCAUGAAAGGCAUGGAGGAAGUGUGGCACCCAUAUGGGGUAGCCAAAAUCCGCUUGGCUGAACUACUGCUAGGGGAAAAGGCCUUGAAUUUUUGUGCUCCAAUUCACAACUGCUCUGUUCAGGAUACGAGUGCCACUAGGAAGGCUAAGGCUGCCGACGGCUCUCCGGUGGCCCAGAUGCCAGUGGGGCAUUAUGUGUGCUCAGGGGCCUUUCUUAAAGUCAGAGUUGAAAUAGCUGUACCGUUAACUCCCGAAGAUGAAGCAGAGGACACUAAAGAUGAUUAUUGCCCCUAUGGCUGCAUCAUCUAUGUUUUCGACUUUAAAAACACUUCUCUCAUAGGUUACUUGCUGCAGGAGAUUACAAAGAUCAACGCAGAGGCUCUAGAACUGGAUUCGUACCCUCUACGCAUCAUUCAUAAAUCUCUUAAUGCGUUAAAACUGAAUAACAGGAUGACUUAUGAGGAGAUUUCUCAGCUGGACGUUCUUACUGGGUUUCAUAUUCUGGACGGAUCCAUUCACCUUCUUAUCGUGGAAGGCUUAAAGAACAAAGCCCUCAAGAGGUUAUGGAAUAAGCGAAUAGACAGGUUGCGUGAAUCUAAAAUUGGAAGAUUACAAAUAUUCUAUAACUCACACUUCUCUUUUCAUCAGCGCCUCUAUGUAGACCUUGAAGCCAUCCUUCUUCAUAUCCGUCUCUGCAAGCCACUCUCUAAUAUCGUGAAUCAGCCUUUGUUAUAUAUCAGGGAUAUGGUUCCCCUUCCGUGUUUUGAAGCUCUCAUCAGGCUUGAUUCUAUCUGCCGCAGUAUGAGGUUAAGAGAUGUGGUCCAUCACGAUCUCUUGCCAUCUGCAGAAAUGAUCACAGUGUUGAGCCAAGAGUUUGGGAUCCCAUUGAAAAAGGAUGACUUGUUCAUCCAGCAACACCCAGAUAUCUCAGGGAUGUUUGAUAUUCCACCAAAGUAUUCGUAUGUGAGAAAAUAUAGGCGUUUCCCUCUAGAUAACCACAACGAAGAGUAUCUACUUAGAAAAAGGGAAAUGGAAAGCCAGACACCAGAAGACUUUAUCCAGUCUAAUAUUGAGAAUAUACAUCUGCUCAGCAAGAUGGUGAAAAAGGAAGGCAGCAAAAUCAUCAGGGCUUUCCCUUCUGAUGGCAAGUCCAUCUUUAAUUACAGUUGUCAGACGUUAAAUUCUGCAGAAAUUGCAAAGAAGCUGCUUCGUCAAGAGAUGGCAGAGAAUCCAGGCAACAGGUUUGCUUACAAUCAUGAAUAUCUGUCAGCCAUGUUUGACCCAGUAGAUGAAGACAGCGAACUAAAGGAGUCCAUGCACCAAUCGGAGAUGAUGUGGCUCUCACCAGGAGGGUUUGUGUAUCCUGGAUAUAAGAGCAGCAUGGAAUCCAACCUGCAUCCUCGUAAGCCUGACGAAGCACGAGUGAGGGAGCUGCAUGAGACAUGGCAGGAGCACGUGAAAGCCAGUGACAUGACGACAAUUCCGGACCGGGACAGAUGGCCUUGGGACAAGAGACAUGCAGAUUUUGAGCUUUACAAAAAGAACCCUCCAUGUGCCCAUGUGCUUCUUGAUACUCAGAGAGAAGAGCCUCCAAAAGAGAUACGAUGCAACACUGGACUGAAAGUUCAUCGAUGCUGCCCAUCGACAGAGCUCACUGCAAGUGGACCCAAAGCCAGCUGCCAGCUAGCCCGGCUCCAGGGACUCCUGAAAGAUGCACCGGCCAAGCUGUCCCUAAGAAUGCUGCCUACCCCAGUUGCUGGAAUGGCAGACCAAAUGGAAGAGAAAAGGAUCUGCAAAGGAUUUGUUCCUGGCGCUGAUCCACUCCUCAGCCUGAAGAGGAAUGACAAUAUAAUUCCAUGCUAUGACAGGCAACAUGAUACAUUUAAAACGCUGAAGGGAGAAGAUUUCCGAUUGAUUUGUCGUAAGCGUUCAUUUCGGUACAGGGGGCCGCCUCUGCAGAAAUUGGUCUUUAAGGAAGAAAUCCAAAUAGCAGAGGAUACACAGACUGCAGUAACGGCUGCCCCAGAGCUGAAUGGCUGAAGUUAACAAAAGGGACUUUUCUACCAUGGGCACCAGAAUAGCUGGAACCUGAUCAUGAUUUGCAGACUUUCUAAAGAGCUUUAUGCUGUACAAAACUUGUUUGAUACCUGGCUGUUGUGAAAUAUGUUGCAAUACACAUGGCCCAGCAGUUUACAGAGUGUGCCUAGGUACUUACAUUGGCAGGGUGGUUCAGACUAGAAGGCUAACAACAUUCUAUCUCCUGCUGCACCCAGUAGGCUUGGGCGAUGUACUGAUGAGGGCCAGAGUGCAAAGGCAGCUUCAACCGGCAGUAUACUGCAAGUGAAACCACCUCCGAGCCUGGUGGCAGGAACAGGCAGCCCCAGCCUUGAGAUUGGGUGAAGGGUGCUUAAAAUCAGACAGGAGUCAAGAGGGGAAAUCGGCUGCCCUGAGGAAAGGACUGUGGUGCUGGAGAGGCUAGCGAGCGAUGCAAAGCGGGGAGGCGGCAUUCAUCCUUCCCCCCUCUCCUAACGGUCUGUGUUGCACCCCCUCUGUUUCCAACAUUGCGAUGUAUCACCAUGUUUGGCUGGUGAUACAUUGCAAAGUUGAAAAGCUGACAUUGCUUAGCCCUAGCACCCAGAAGACUUAGAAACAGGGCCUGCUAGUAAAACCUGCCUUAUUUGUCCUCGCCCUUUGACACAACACAGUGGAUGUACCCAAUAGCUUUGAAAAUGGACAUUUCAUCAUGAAUACAUCUAAUGGUUUCUAAAAAGCCAAUGGCAUCACCAUGUAUUUACUCUGCCAAAAAAAUUUUCCCCUGGAGCACAAGAAUAGAAAUAAUCUGGUGAGGGUUUUCCAGGUUCCUUUUGACACAAAAUACAUUUUCAGACAUAAGAAACUAUAAUUGCAAGUCCAAAAUAUCCCUUGUCAGAAUCCAAAAGUAUCAUAAUACUCUCAAAAGCAAUUCUGUUUUUCCCCCUUCUUGACCAGUCUGCUUAAUACUGAUUUUAAUUCAUGAUUACAACAUUAAUUAAAAUUGCGUAAAACCUCUA